CGACUUACAGCAUAUUUUAUUGAGUUACAGCUUUGAUGUUACACUUUUCUAUUCAAUUUGUUGUUAACUGUAUUACAUAUAUUUCCAAAUUCUAUUGAACAAAUAUGGAAGACCAUCGACCUCAAAAUUAUAAAACGGCUAUAAGGGGCUUUAAUGUUUUUAAGCGAAUUCAAGCAGAACUCAAUACAACACAGAAUAAAGUUCUUUUGGGCUUGACGAUUGCUGCAGCUGCUGGCGUACUUGGUUACAACAGUUACGUGCGGCAUAAAUAUGAACGUCUUGGCUAUUAUUUGGCCUUCAGAGAGGAUGGCAGCAAAGAGUUUAUUAAAAAGAAAUCCAACUGGGAGACGUAGAAAACUUGCAAGCAAUGCAUAGAAUUUAACUUCGUAAUGGCUAUGUGUAUUUCCCUUUUUUUUUUUGUUUUUAACGACGAAUUCUAUGUUGUGCAAAUUUUGAAUUCGAUAGAUUCAAAAUGAUAAAAUCGAUAAAUUUUCAUAUGUUAGGUCACACCUAAAAUACAAUUUAAAUUACACAAAACCUAUCGAACGAUUCUUCUGCUAAGCACUGUUAUCGAUUUGCCGAACACAUGCCGUUUGUUUACUACAAUUGUGCAAUGUUUUAUUAAAAAUUGAGUUGAAUUGCAAAUCCAAAAAAAUGAGUGACAAGCCAAAUCAAAAUCCCGGAGAGGGCAUUCGCUCCAUGCGAAGCACCAGCGUUUUUCGACUGAUUAAUUUUGAGCUGUAUACAAAGCCGAACAAAAUUAUAAUGGGUAUAGGCCUGAUAGCCGUAACUGGAGUCUUUGGCUAUAUUGCCUAUAUGCGUCACAAGUAUGAAGAUCUUGGUUACUAUGUGGCGGUCAAGGAAAAUGGACGUGAGGAAUUUGUUAAAAAGAAAUCCAAUUGGGAAACAUAAAAAAAAACUUAUUUCUUGAAAUUUUAAA